CGGAGCUGGAUCCGGAGCCGGGGCCGGGGCGGGAGUCGGGGCCGGGGCCGGGCCGGAGAGGGCUCCAGCGCUAUGGGGUCGGCCGACUCUAAGCUGAAUUUCCGAAAGGCGGUAAUCCAGCUCACCACCAAGACGCAGCCUGUGGAAGCCACCGAUGAUGCCUUUUGGGACCAGUUCUGGGCAGACACGGCCACCUCAGUACAGGAUGUCUUUGCACUGGUGCCAGCGGCAGAGAUCCGGGCUGUGCGGGAGGAGUCACCCUCCAAUCUGGCCACUCUGUGCUACAAGGCUGUGGAGAAGCUGGUGCAGGGAGCCGAGAGUGGCUGCCAUUCGGAGAAGGAGAAGCAGAUUGUCCUGAACUGCAGCAGGCUCCUCACCCGUGUGCUGCCCUACAUCUUUGAGGACCCCGACUGGAGGGGCUUCUUCUGGUCCACAGUGCCCGGGGCAGGGCGAGCAGGGGGAGAGGAUGAUGAUGAGAAUGCCCGGCCCCUGGCUGAGUCCCUGCUCCUGGCCAUUGCUGAUCUCCUCUUCUGUCCAGAUUUCACUGUCCAGAGCCACCGAAGGAGCACUGUGGACUCAGCGGAGGAUGUCCACUCCCUGGACAGCUGUGAAUACAUCUGGGAGGCUGGUGUGGGCUUUGCUCACUCCCCUCAGCCCAACUACAUCCACGAUGUGAACCGGAUGGAGCUGUUGAAACUGCUGCUCACAUGCUUCUCUGAGGCCAUGUACCUGCCCCCAGCCCCGGACAGCGGCGGCACCAACCCGUGGGUGCAGUUCUUUUGUUCCACGGAGAACAGACACGCCUUGCCCCUUUUUACCUCCCUCCUCAACACUGUGUGUGCCUAUGACCCUGUGGGCUACGGGAUCCCCUACAACCACCUGCUCUUCUCUGACUACCGGGAACCCCUGGUGGAGGAGGCUGCCCAGGUGCUCAUUGUCACCUUGGACCAUGACAGUGCCACCAGCGCCAGCCCCACGGUGGACGGCACCACCACAGGCACUGCUAUGGAUGAUACGGACCCUCCAGGACCUGAGAACCUGUUUGUGAACUACCUGUCCCGCAUCCAUCGUGAAGAGGAUUUCCAGUUCAUCCUCAAGGGCAUAGCCCGGCUGCUCUCCAAUCCCCUGCUCCAGACCUACCUGCCCAACUCCACCAAGAAGAUCCAGUUCCACCAGGAGCUGCUGGUCCUCUUCUGGAAGCUCUGUGACUUCAAUAAGAAAUUCCUCUUUUUUGUACUGAAGAGCAGUGACGUGCUGGACAUCCUGGUCCCCAUCCUCUACUUCCUCAAUGAUGCCCGAGCGGAUCAGUCUCGGGUGGGCCUGAUGCACAUUGGAGUCUUCAUCCUGUUGCUUCUGAGCGGGGAGCGGAACUUUGGGGUGCGGCUGAACAAGCCCUACUCAGUGCGUGUGCCCAUGGACAUCCCGGUCUUCACGGGCACCCAUGCAGACCUGCUCAUUGUGGUAUUCCACAAGAUCAUCACCAGCGGUCACCAGCGCCUGCAGCCCCUCUUCGAUUGCCUGCUCACCAUCGUGGUCAACGUGUCCCCCUACCUCAAGAGCCUGUCCAUGGUGGCUGCCAAUAAGCUGCUGCACCUGCUGGAGGCCUUCUCCACCACCUGGUUCCUCUUCUCUGCUGCCCAGAACCACCAUCUGGUCUUCUUCCUCCUGGAAGCCUUCAACAACAUCAUCCAGUACCAGUUUGAUGGCAACUCCAACCUGGUCUACGCCAUCAUCCGAAAGCGCAGCGUCUUCCACCAGCUGGCCAACCUGCCCACCGACCCGCCUGCCAUCCACAAGGCCUUGCAACGGCGCCGACGGGCACCUGAGCCCUUGUCCCGAACCGGCUCUCAGGAGGGUGCCUCCAUGGAGGGCUCCCGCCCCGCUGCCCCUGCCGAGCCUGGCACUCUCAAGACCAGCCUGGUGGCCACCCCAGGCAUUGACAAACUGACGGAGAAGUCCCAGGUGUCAGAGGAUGGCACCCUGCGAUCCCUGGAGUCCACGUCCCAGCAGAGCUCGGCAGAUGGCAGUCCGGCCAUGGAGGAGCCAGAGCAGGCAUGGCGGGAACAGCGGCGACUGUCCAGCGCGUCAGCCAGUGGGCAGUGGAGCCCAACAUCGGAAUGGGUUCUCUCUUGGAAGUCCAAGUUGCCGCUGCAGACCAUCAUGAGGCUGUUGCAAGUACUCGUUCCCCAAGUGGAAAAGAUCUGCAUUGACAAGGGCCUGACAGAUGAGUCAGAGAUCCUGAGGUUCCUGCAGCAUGGCACUCUGGUGGGGCUUCUGCCUGUGCCCCAUCCCAUCCUCAUCCGCAAGUACCAGGCCAACUCGGGCACGGCCAUGUGGUUCCGCACCUACAUGUGGGGGGUCAUCUAUCUGAGGAACGUGGACCCACCUGUCUGGUAUGACACAGAUGUGAAGCUGUUUGAGAUCCAGCGGGUGUGAGGAUGGAAGCCUCCCAGGGGCUGGGGACCAGGGGAGGGUAGGGGCUCUGGUCCCCCGAUGUUCCCUGACCCACUGUUCUAGGCUUUGAAUUACCACAGUCAGCGCUGGGGCUGGCUGAGUCCCGGGUGGCACACCCACCGUAAAGGCCCCUUGUGGCUCAGAUGGUGGGGACAGGCUCUGACCAAUCCCCCCUGAGGCUGGACUCACAGGAACCUCCUAUCUCUAGGGCUGCAGGCCCCGGCCAGAGCCCCCACCUCACUCUGCCUCCCCCUCAAGACCCUUUCUGUGCCACCCAUCCCCAGAGCCCAGCAGGUCACUGUGUCCUCAUGGGCUGCCCAACAGGGAGCUAUGGGCUGUCUCCUGAGGUACCUGGGUAGGGGCAGGGGCAGGGGCAGGGGCAGGUGCAGGGGAGGAGAGUCCUUCUGUGCCUCCUAACCUGAAACCACCUGGUCCAGGCCCGGCUUGCUGCCAGGGCCCGAAGGAGGAAGGAGAGUGGCCAGGCUGUUUGAGGAGGAGACUGGGGGGUUGGUGGACUACAGGAGCCAGACUGGGGAGCCUCAUGCAUUUUAGGGGUUUGGGAGCCUCCUGUAGAGAGUCUCCUGCUAUACACUCCCUGGUGGGUUAGGAUAUAGCCUGACUCCCUGUUAUCCAGUGUGGGGGUGGGAGGGAAGGGUGGGGAGGGAGCUGUUCAAUCUUCCCUGCCCCUGCCCACUGCCUGGAUGACUGGGCGCCGGAGGGGCAGGAUGCCACCCCUCCAUCCUCCAGCUCUGGCCUCUGGGUCUCCCUCCCCCCUACCUGUGUUAGUACAAUCUUUGCUCUGUACAAUCGGCCUCUUUACACAAUAAACCACCCUCUCCA